GUUCAGAGUCUGAUGUAGAAGCGCAUGUGUAUAUCAGCUGUCAGUAUUGUGUUUGGUUGUGAUCCGUUGUGUUGUCUAGUCUUGCCAAGUGCCAGUAAUGUUGCGGAUUUGUCCAUCUAAACAUCGGAGAAAUACAAUCACUGCCGUUGUUAUGCGUUUGAUUGUUCUCUGCCUGUUAGUGAAUACUGCUCAUGCUGUAGAUUCUGGAACACCUGUUUUAGUGCAUUUGUUAUUUCGUCAUGGUGACCGAACACCAAUUGACCCGUAUCCAACUGACCCGUUCAGGAACAGGAGCUAUUGGCCUGAAGGCUAUGGACAGUUGACUAAUGUAGGCAAAGAGCAGGAAUAUGAGUUGGGGCAGUGGUUCAGAAAAAGAUACAGAAACUGGCUGCCAAAUAUUUAUGAUCCUGAUGAUAUUUAUGUACGUAGUACGGAUGUUGACAGGACACUCAUGAGUGCUGAAACUGUGCUAGCUGCUUUGUAUCCACCAGAAGGCCGACAGAGGUGGCGACAAAACCUUGGGUGGCAGCCAAUUCCAGUUCACACAACUCCAGAACGUGAAGAUGAGUUACUUGCCGGAAAAAAGACCUGCCUGCGCUAUCAAGAUGAGUGGCAGAAGGUGAUGAACUCGGAACACAUGAAGAAAUAUAAUGAAAAAUAUAAAGAGCUAUACAGCUAUCUGACGAAUCAUUCUGGGAGGGAGGUGAAGAAUGUGGAUGAUGUUUUAUACCUUUAUGACACACUACAUAUAGAGACUCUAAAAAAUCUGAGCAUACCUGAAUGGACAAAAUCAGUAUUUCCAACAAAGAUGGCCCCUCCAGCAAAAUUUGCGUUCAAACUACCAACCCUUACAAAGGAAAUGAAACGUCUUAAGGGUGGGCCUUUUGUGAAGGAAGUCAUUACACACAUGCUUCUUAAAGUGAACAGUUCACUUGUUCCAGACAGAAAAAUAUUCAUGUACUCUGCACAUGAUGACACACUGUCUGCCAUUUUAAAUACUCUUCACAUUUAUAAUGAUAUGAUGCCACCAUACUCUUCUGCUGUUGUUUUGGAACUGCGGGUUAAUGCACAGCAAGAAUAUGAAGUUGCGAUCUUUUACAAAAACACAACUGACGAGGAUCCAUUUCUACUUACCAUACCAGGAUGUACAGCUGCAUGUCCAUUAGCAAAUUUUAUUGAUUUGACAAAAAAUGUUGUUCCUGAAGACUGGAAGGAGGAAUGCCUGAUGACAUCUACAGCAGAACAUUUCGAAUUCAGUCUCUUGUCGAUAAUAACUCUAGGCAUUUCAACAGUAUUGGCUAUUCUGUUGGUAAUAUCAGUUCUUUUGGGCACAAACUGCUGCCGAAAACAAAAUGCAGAUUCAUACUACUACCACAGAGUGCAGACUGAAAGCUGAAGCAAUGUCGUGCAAUUUUACAAUAAAAAAUAAAGAAAAAGACUGAGUUUGCUGUGAUGUUAAAAUAAUUUUAUAUAUUACCUUGUUUUGAUGUGUAUUUAAAUUUUAUUGUAUUGUUACUCAAAACAAGAAAGAUCUUAUUGGCUUCUUC